GACGGCGCGCUUCCGGCGUCGCGCUUCCGGCUUCCGGCGUCGUGCCGGCCCCUGUGCGGAGGGCGUCUCCGAGGCGCGCGGCUGGCACCAUGUUCCUGACCGCGCUCCUGUGCCGCAACCGCAUCCCCGGCCGGCAGUGGAUCGGGAAGCACCGGCGGCCGCGGCCCGUCUCCGCUCAGGCGAAGCAGAACAUGAUCCGCCGCCUGGAGACCGAGGCGGAGAACCACUACUGGCUGAGCCGGCCCUUCCUCACGGCCGAGCAGGAGCGCGGCCACUCCGCGGUGCGCAGGGCGGCCGCCUUCCAGGCCCUCAAGGCGGCGCAGGCGGCGCGCUUCCCCGCGCACAGGCGGCUGGAGGACCAGCUCGGCCACCUGCUCGUGACCCGGAAGUGGUCGUGACGCGAGGCUGGCCGCCGGCGAGUCCCGCUGCGGCGCGGUGCCCCCGCCCGUCAGCGUCCCUGCCCCGCGUGGCCGAGGAAGGGCGCCUUUCCGGUUAAGCCUCCUCCUAAAAGCGGCCUUUUCUUCGGAGAUGCGCUAGUCGAAGCGGACGUUAAGAUGAAAAGGUGGCGGCACCAGAGAAAAGUCCUCAAUGUGUGAUCUAAUGAGUCGACUUGAAAGUAGUCACGUGACUGACGAGGUACAGAAGGAUGCACUCCAGGCAGCAGAGAUGGUAACAGCUUGGAGGCCGGGGGCACGUGAUGGGCUUGGAGAUCCGGGAUGAAAGAAUUACCUUUUACGUGGAGAACAGCAUGCGAUGAACUAAUGCGGAGAGACAGCACUUACCUCCUCUGUGUCAGAUGGAGGGAAGUGACAUGGAGCAGUUAAAAGGCAAUGACGUUAGCUUCACAACUCCUAAAAACCUGUUACACAGAAGAAACUACAUGUCAGUUCUCAUCCCUACAGACUGUGGGCAUGUGACCGGAAAACAAGUUAACAGAGACCAGCGUCACUAAACUUUCUCCAGAGAGCUUCCAAGAGCUAGUUUCUGCGAAAUGAGAAAAUACAACCCGGGGUUCCCGUCAUGGCUCAGUGGUAACGAACCCGACCAGUAUCCACGAGG